AAACAAAAAUUAAUUUAUAAUUUUAAACAUUAGAGAAGCACUACGUAGAAAAUAAAACAUACUUUUAAAUACAGAUACAGUUCUAAAUUGUAAGACCAUUUCAUUUAAAAUUUAAUGGUUAAUUCUGAAUUAAUAAUAAGUAUUUCUAAAAAUCUUAUGUUAUCAGUUAACUCAAAUAAAAUUUUUAAAUCAUUGAUAAUACACGUACUUAAAAUCUACAUAAGUGAAUCUUUGACCAUAGUCCGAAGGUCGUGACAAGUCUUAAAUUUGAUCAUAUUAUUAUUUAAGUCGGAAAAAUGUUUAAGGGCCUAGUAGCUUUGGUGACUGGAGGGUCAUCAGGAUUAGGAAAAGCUACUGCUGAGCUGUUAGUAAAACAAGGGGGCAGAGUUGUUAUCUGUGACUUACCCUCAACCAAAGGCCAAAAUACUGCUAAAAGCCUUGGCGAGAAUGCAGUGUUUGCACCUGUUGAUGUAACUUCGGAAGAUGAUGUGAAGGAGGCUCUACAGAUAACUUUAGACAAGUUUGGUCGAUUGGAUGCUCUUAUAAACUGUGCAGGCGUUGCGAGUGCAUCAAGAGUUUAUAAUUUCAAAAAGGAACAACCAUUUGAUUUGAACAUCUUUCAAAACACUAUUCAGGUAAAUUUGAUAGGAACAUUCAAUGUUAUUCGCUUAGCAGUGGGGCUAAUCGGGAAAAAUGCACCAGACGCUGACGGACAACGCGGAGUCGUUAUCAACACGGCCAGUGUCGCUGCAUUUGAUGGACAGAUCGGACAGGCAGCUUAUUCUGCUUCCAAAGCGGGCGUGGUAGGCAUGACAUUGCCUCUUGCAAGGGACAUGGCCAAACAAGGAAUCAGAGUCGUCACUAUUGCACCAGGAUUAUUCCGUACACCUAUGAUGGAACAAUUGCCAGAGCCGGCGAUCAAAAGCCUGGAAGCGUCGGUGCCAUUCCCUUCUAGACUUGGGCAUCCUCAAGAGUUUGCAUUGCUCGUUCAGAGCAUCAUUCAGAACCCGAUGCUAAACGGCGAAACUAUACGAUUAGACGGCUCCCUCAGGAUGCAGCCUUAA